AUGGCGGAUCUUCAUGGUAGCAGAGUAACUGAAGCACCCGCUUUUAGUAAGACCGGAGUGGAUUUCUUUGGUCCUAUUCUCAUCAAAGAAAAGAAAGAUAGAAAUAGGAGCUUCAUUAAGACGUACGGCUGCGUGUUCGUUUGUAUGGCUUCUAAGGCUGUACACAUCGAACUUGCGACUGAUCUGUCAACCGAAGGUUUUCUUUCAGCCUUUCGCAGGUUCAUCAGUCGACGUGGUAUCCCAACAGAUGUUUUCUCCGACAAUGGAACCAAUUUCCUUGGAGCUAAUCGAGAGCUGACUGAGAUUUACAAAUUGCAUGAAAAACCUGAGUUCAUUAAUUCAAUUCAAUCAUUCGCUUUAUCCAGACGAAUUUCCUGGCAUUUCAAUCCUCCUUUAUCACCGCACUUUGGUGGUCUUUGGGAAGCGGCGGUGAAAAGCUUCAAACACCAUUUGAGACGUGUACUGAAGGAUCACUUUCUGACUUAUGAACAAAUUAGUACCUUAUUAACUGAGAUCGAGGCGAUCCUCAAUUCGCGUCCUCUUUGCUCUUUGUCCGCCGAUCCCAACGACCCCAGCGCAAUCAGCCCAGCUCACCUUCUUAUUGGCCGACCAAUCAAUUUCUUACCCUCAACUGAUUUUGUUUCAGUGCCGACGAAUCGCCUAUCGACUAUGAAUUUUAUCACAAAGACAAGACAGGAUUUCUCGUCCAGGUGGCAUAAGGAAUACCUAAACGAACUCCAGACACGACAAAAAUGGUUUUCCUCUAAUACCAAGCUAGCUGUCGGUACUGUCGUCAUCCUCAUGGAAGAUAACCUUGGAACCUCUCGCUGGCCUCUGGGAGUGGUGACCAAGGUCUUUCCCAGUAGUGAUGGCAUAUCCAGAGUAGCAUCAAUAACUCUUAAACAUCAAACUGUUUGUAGGUGCAAUCCCGUACCAUCUCUUCACUGUAAAUAUGUUCAACUAGUCAUAAGCUAUGCAAUCACGGAACAGCCGCUCCAACGGAAGGUGUUUCCUCUUAGUUCAAAAAUUGUGAUCAAGUUGUAUGUUUGUUCUAGUCUACUUGAGUCACUAGCGUACUUUAAUGUAAGCGUACUUUAA